AUGCUUGAUCACCAGAGAUCGCUGCACGGCUCCUCAGUACUGAGCCUCUAUCUUACGGCUUCGACUCUAACUUGGGCUCUGCGAGUACGGACGCUAUACUUGGCGAGUCCCGGCAGCGAUGUGGCGUUCGCCGGCAUGCUCAUCCUUUCAAUGACUGCAGCGAUAUUUGUGCUUGACAUUGUCGGCCUGGGAAACUCCUCGGCCGCUGGAAAGUCUGUCCGCUCACCAGAAGAGUAUGCCAGUUUUUGGAGCAGAACGGCAUUUGUUUGGCUGCUGGACACAUUCCGGCUGGGAUACGCCAAGGUCCUCUCUGUGGACGACUUGCCGGCGCUGGACACUGCGCUGAGGAGCAGUGCGACGCAUGAGCAGCUUGAUUAUACCUGGAGAAAGGCGGAUCAUCGACAAAGUCACAGUCUCUUGCGCGCCAGCUUCGCCAGCCAUCGAUGGCCGUUCCUCUCGGCGGUUGUUCCGCGCCUUUGCUUGACGGCAUUCACCUUUACGCAGCCGUUUCUCAUCGCGGCCACCAUACGAUACGUGGAAGAAUCGCGGCCGGAUAAGCACGGUGGCGGGGGACUCAUUGCGGCCUGGGCGGCUGUCUACCUUGGGAUCGCGAUCAGCAACUCCACGUACAGAUACCAGCACUCUCGUUUCAGGACUAGAAUGCGAGGAAGCCUCGUGGCUCUGGUGUAUGAGAAGACGCUGGAGCUCCGCGCGGCAGAUAGGGGCGACACCACGGCCGUGACGCUUAUGGGCACUGACGUCGAGCGCAUCGCCAUGGGCAUGCAGUUCGUUCACGAGGUGUGGGCUUCCGUUCUCGACGUCGGCAUCGCGAGCUGGCUUCUCGGGCGACAGCUGUACCUAGCGUGCAUUGCGCCUAUUGUCCUCAUCCUUGUGUUUGUUGCCGCGACGUCCCGAUUGUCUGUGCAGGCCAAGGACGCCCAACGCCGGUGGGUUGAAAAGGUCGAGAAGCGCCUGCAAGCUACCUCGGCGUUUCUCGGAGACAUCAAGGCUGUCAAGAUGCUCAACUUGUCGGACGUCAUGCAUAAGACGAUCCAGGGCUUGCGAAAGGAGGAAGUUGAUACGUCGCGCAGCUUCAGGAAGCUUUUGGUGUCGACACUCCUGUUUUCAAUCACGCCGCUGAAUCUCGCUCCGGUACUGACGUUUGCCGUGUACGUCAUUAUUGCGCUGUUCUGGAAGAACGAGUCGCUGCUGGCUGAAAAGGCAUUCACGUCGAUUGCACUGAUAUCCCUGCUCACGACUCCAGUCGUCAUGUUUGUCCAGGGCCUGCCAAUUGUGAUUCAGUGCAUCGGCAGCUUUGAUCGCAUACAUGAGUACUGCAACUACAGCGACAACGCCACAGGCACAGAUGAGCUGUUGACGACUGGCGAAUCCGACCACCACGCUGACGGAUCUGGUGCUGCGGGACAGCGCAGUUUCGCCUGGCGCCGAGGCGGCGACGCAGUGCUGAAGGACAUCUCACUAAGGUUCGCACCGGGAACCGUGACAGCUCUCAUAGGCCCGGUUGGGAGUGGAAAGUCGGCGUUGCUCCAGAGUCUACUUGGCGAGCUGAGCGUAGUCACUCCUGCCGGAGCUGUGCUGGAAGAACGUCUCCUGGACCAAAACGGCGGCGCGGCAUAUUGUUCCCAGGAGCCUUGGCUGGAAAAUGGGACGAUCCGGCAAAACGUCAUUGGGGCCUAUCCAUACGAGGAGUCUUGGUUCAACAGGGUUCUGAGCCAACGGGACUUGACAGCAGUGGGCAGCAAAGGCCACAGCCUCAGUGGCGGUCAGAAGCAGCGAGUCGCAAUCGCACGCGCGGUCUAUUCAAGGCAGUCAUUGGUCCUCCUGGACGACGUCUUCAGCGGCAUGGACGCUCGCACAUCUAGACUGGUUGCGAGUGGACUACUUGGGAGCGACGGGCUGCUUCGAAAUUCACAUGCUACAGUAGUACUGGCAACGAAUAAUAAAACCGUUAUGGCUUUGGCGGACAGUAUCAAGGUCCUCAAGGACGGAUAUAUGAUGGACACAAGACCUGAUAAUGGUCGCCUAAUAGCACAGAAGUUGAUACACCAAGGGGACGCAGUGGGGGAUGUGUAUCAAGACGGUGAAGAUGACUCUUCAGAGCAGGGAGAAGAAGACGAUGUCAUCUCACACAGCGCCAAUGGUUUUGCGCCAGCCACAAAGCAGGACCCGAGCGAUACGGACAGCCACGACGACAGCCGCAGGCGUGGGGACAAAGAAGUAUACAAGUACUACUUCACCAGCUCUGGCUACACGGUAGUUAGCAUGUUCGUCUUGUUCAUGGUGCUGUGGACGUUUUGCACCGAGUUCUCUGCGAUAUGGAUCAAGUGGUGGUCUGCUGCCAACGCAGAGCAGCCAAAUCAGAAUGUCGGCAUGUACCUGGGCGUCUAUGCGAUUCUCGGAAUUGCGGGAAGCAUGAGUGCAUGUGGUACUGCAUGGUUUGCGUUUAUCAACAUCAUCUCCAACUCGGCGAUGAAACUGCACGCAGAUAUCUUGCAGACAACGCUCCGGGCGUCCUUUCGAUUCUUGUCGACCGCAGACUCUGGGAGUCUAUUAAACCGAUUCAGCAAGGAUAUGGAGCUCGUCGACAUGGAGCUCCCGUCAGCCAUGGUUAACUGCGUCUCUUCCGUCUUCGCAUGCAUCGGAAAACUCGUCCUGAUAGAAGUGUUCUCACAGUAUUUCGGAAUAUUCUUACCUGUUCUGUGCCUAGCCUUGUACGUCAUACAGAGCAUCUACCUCAAGACCUCACGCCAGGUGCGGCUGCUUGGAAUUGAGGCCCAAGCCCCUCUCUACAAACGCUUUACCGAGACUGUUGACGGUGCGGUAACGAUACGCGCAUUCCGAUGGCAGCGAGAGUACCUGCGCCGUCAAUAUGGUGUCAUCGACGCCUCCCUCAGACCGACGUAUAUACAAAGUUGCAUCCAGAACUUGCUCGGAUUUGUGCUUGACUGCACGGUCGCGGCAGUUGCUGCCGGUCUUGUUGCAACGGUCGUCGUGUGGAGAGACAAGUUCAGCACAGGCAGCGUCGGUGUAAGCCUGGUCACCGUCGUGGGAUUUAGCGAGACUCUGGCGCGUUUGGUGCAUUCGUGGACCGGCCUGGAGUCGAGUAUCGGGGCCGUAUCGAGAGUCAAACGCUUCGUGGACGAGGUACCUCUAGAAGAUACUGGCAGCAAGCAACCGUUGCCUCGUGGCUGGCCAGAGACUGGCAGCAUCGAGAUUUCGGAGCUCGUGUCCGCAUACAGCCCGGACGAUAUCCCAACGUUGGAUGGUAUUUCGUUUUCCGUCGGCCAAGGAGAGCAUGUCGCUAUAUGCGGUCGCACAGGGAGUGGCAAGAGCUCGCUGCUUCUCACUCUCCUGGGUAUGAUGGAGGUACGAGGAGGAAAUAUUUGCAUCGGUAACAGGGAUGUGUCGGAGAUACUCCCAGAUCUUGUGCGUUCGAAGAUCAGCGUGGUCUCGCAGGAGCCGUUCCUCUUCCCAGGGACGAUUCGUUCCAAUAUCGACCCGUUAGGUGAGCUAUCUCACGCACAACUGGAGGAUGCACUCGUGAAGGUGCGCAUGUGGGAUCUUGUCGAGGCAAAAGGCGGUCUGGACACGGAUAUGGACGCGGCCUCCUGGUCAGCAGGACAAAGGCAGCUGCUUUGCUUCGCCCGAGCUCUGGCGAGGAAGUGCAUCAUAUUGCUUCUGGACGAGGCCACGAGCAAUAUGGACGAAGACACGGAGCGUCUCAUGGAGGGAAUAAUCGAGUCCGACUUUCGGCAUUGCACCGUGCUUGCCGUCAUGCACCGUCUCGAACACGUUGUCAGGUAUGACAAGGUGGCACUGCUCGACAGCGGCAAGCUGAAAGAAUAUGGGAUGCCACGAGACCUGAUAGCCGCAGAUGGCGAGUUUGCCGCGUGA